AUGAACCGUUUGUGGUGCUCGCUCUCCCAGAUGCUCCGUCGCUCGGCCGCCCCGCAGCGCCUGCUUCACUGGUGUUCUUCUUCCGCCCCCCGCGUCACGCCGUCGACUGUGCUUCCUCGGCGGUUCCGUUGGUACCACGACCCUCGGAAGGCCACGGCGGCGACGGCCAUCGGCUUGGGCGCCGCGGCGCUGGCCGCCUGCGAGGUCGUGCCCUGCACCAACCGCUGCCACCUCGUCGUCUAUUCCCGCCAGGGGGAGCGGGACCUUGGCGACUCCCUGUUCGCCGCCGAGUUGAAGUCCAUCCACCGGCAUAGGAUGGUGGACCCACACCAUCCGGAUAGCAUCCGCGUCCGCCUCAUCGCCGAGAGAAUCAUCCACGCCGCCAACCGCGGCCUCGGCAUCUACGACAGCCGUGACGCCCCCUUGCUCCGCGUCACCCGCAAAGGGAAGAAGCCGUGGGCGCCGCAGCCGCACACGAGGCACCUCCAUGGGCUCAACGGCAGCUGGGAGCUGGUCCUUGCCAGGCAUACUUCCGCCAAUGCCAUGUACGCGCCCGGAGGCAAGCUUUUAGUGUUCACAGGACUACUCGACUACUUUAAGACCGAUGGCGAGAUCGCCUUCGCUCUUGCGCAUGAGGUUGGGCACAUCAUUGCGAGGCACCAAGCGGAUAUCGGACAUAGUGUGUGGUUACCAGACUUCCUACGACGGAUCUUCUUACAAAGGAUGGAGAUAGAGGCUGAUCGCAUUGGAAUCUUGCUACUUGCGGCUGCUGGUUUCCAUCCAGACCAUGCCCUUGCGGUCGCCAAGAAGUACGCUACAAUUGCUGGAGGUUAUUCUGUAUGGAAACAGAUCCUAGAUACUACUCAUCCCCACCCUAGGGACAGAUUGGCGCGUUUAUCAGAGAUCAAGACCAUGGAGGAAGCGUUGGAACUGUACAAUGAAGCUAAUGCCAUGGAUAAAGUAACUGAAAAGUAUUUUUCCGGUAACCCUGGCAUGUCCAUCGCGGAUGAAAAUGGUAUUUCAAAAUUUGAAAAGUAG